GAAGUACAGAAGUUGAAUCAGCAGCUGGAGGAGAAAAAUGGAGAGAUACAGCAGAUGAUAAAUCAGCCUCCAUAUGAAAAGGAGAGAGAAAUCUUACGACUACAGAAGAGCUUGGCAGAGAAGGAGAAGGCUCAGGCCACCAGUGAUGUUUUGUGCCGUUCACUCACUGACGAAACUCACCAACUUCAACGCAAAUUGGCAUCCACAGCAGAAAUGUGUCAACAUCUAGCAAAAUGUCUAGAAGAGAAGCAAAGAAAAGAGAAGGGGAAUUCAGAUGACCGGAUGCCUACUGAAAGAUCUAAUCAGCUUUUAGACAAUGAAACUUCACCUCAAGCUCUUAUCUGCAACCUACAAGAUGAAAACAGGAUGUUAAAACAAAAAGUAGCUCACGUGGAAGACUUAAAUGCAAAAUGGCAGAAAUACGACGCGAGUAGGGACGAGUAUGUGAAGCGACUCCACCUGCAGCUAAAAGAGAUGAAGUCACAACUGGAGCAGCAGCACGGCAUAACUACAGCAAACACGAAUUCUGACCUGAUGCACAAGGAGAUACUCCGGUUAAACAAGCUACUGGAAGAGAAAAUGCAUGAAUGCAUAAAAACAAAGAGAGAAUUAGAAGAUGUGAAGAAGGCUUGCGAAGGCGAUAACGAGCGCAUACAAAUGCUGGAGCAACAGGUCCUGGUUUAUAAGGAUGAUUUCACAUCUGAGAGAUCAGAUAGAGAACGAGCACAGAGUAAAAUACAAGAGCUUCAGGCAGAAGUUGCAUGUCUGCAACACCAGCUAGCAAGAAGACAGGAAUCAAGAGACACGGGUAAUCAUUUCAGAGUUCACAUCGGUAACCAAAAUCAUAUGCAUGUACAGACGAACGUUGAACAUCUACGAGGCAACAGCCAGGCCAAACAGGCACACGAAGAACAUCUUCACAGUCUGAACAAGCUUCUCCUCCUGCGGACAGUGGAAACUCAGGAUCUGAGGGCAGGGCACAGGGUGAACUUCGAUGCCCUCACUGCAUGA